AUGGCAUAUUACAAUAUCUCUGCAGAUGAUUCCUUGACAUCCGAGAUGCUUAAUGAUGACGCUUUCAUGGAGGAAUACGAUCGCGUCUGUUUGCUCGAUCUCUCGAAGCCGUUGCCGACUCAAGCCUUCAACACCAGUAUCUCACUGGUGACCUCGAUGACCGAGACGGAAUCCUAUACCAGUCAAAUGAUAGUCAUUGCAGCAGCGCGACUAACGGCUUCCAUCAGUUCAGCGUCUGCUACUAACAGCGCGAGCACGACGACUACUAGCAGCGUUACUCAAUCUUCUGAAGCGACUUCUACGGCAUCUUCGUCCGUGAACACCUCCCCAGAUGGCACUUGCGGCGAGUCUACCGGGUAUUCGUGCACCAACUCUCAACUUGGAACUGCAGCAUCAAAUUUGGCUACUGCAUUUACGGCGACCCCGACAUCCACAGCCAAUAUCUCGCCAAAUGGUCUGUGUGGCGCCAAUCAUGGAGGCUAUACCUGCCUGAACUCACAAUUUGGCAAUUGCUGCAGCCUUUAUGGUUACUGUGGAUCGACCAGCGACUAUUGUGCCUCGCAAUCUUGCGAUAGCUCCUAUGGAGAAUGUUCUGCUUAA